GUGCACAGUCUGUCAUUUAGCUAGCUGCAAGGCGUGCGAACUUUACUAUUUGAACGGUAUUAUUUGCUGAAAUAUUUCAAUGGAAUUGAGGCUCGUGUUCUUCGUCAUUUCCCUGACUGCUGUUCAAAUUGUUUACGCGCAAAAUUAUUGCGACAGAUCCCUUUGUAGUUCCGGAAAUCAUAUCGCAUGCAAUAAUAAUGGGAGAUUCGCAGCGUCCUGCCGAAAUGCCGCCAUGGUAACACUGACACAGGCACAUAAGAAUCUUAUCGUCAGGCUGCACAACACAAAGCGAAACACAGUGGCGAGUGGUAGGACGAAAUUGAGGCCGGCCUGUCGCAUGAGCACUAUGCAAUGGGACGAUGAAUUGGCCCGAAUGGCAGCGUUCAAUGUUAAACAAUGCCAAAUGAGGCAUGACUCGUGCCGCAACACCCAGACCUUUAAGUAUUCGGGUCAGAAUUUGGCUAGGUCCAGUUACAAUGGCACUCCGAAUAUACGGAAUUUGUUACAAACCUUGAUCAAUAUGUGGUAUAAUGAAAUUAAGGACACAACUAUGGCGUACAUCAAUAGAUAUCCAAACAAUUAUAGCGGGCCCACAAUUGGUCAUUUUACGGUUAUGGUUGGGCAAGCGAACACUCGUGUGGGUUGUGCGGUUAGUACCUAUUCAGUGGCGGGUCGGUCAGGUAGGACGUUUCUUUUGGCCUGUAACUAUGCGACUACCAACAUGAUCGGUCAAGCGAUGUAUAGGACGUGUUCAACUGCGGCUUCUGGUUGUAGGACGGGUAGAAAUACAGCCUUUCCUAGUCUUUGUUCGAGAUCCGAAGUUUAUUGAUUAUAAAAAAAUAUAUAUAUAUAUAUUUGUAUG